UGCUUCAGAAAAAUUACAAACCGCAAACGCGACAUAACUAACGACGCCGGAGAUGGCUGCCACUUCAACCGCCGCUUCUGCUUCUUCAAUCAUGGGUACCCGGGUGGUUUCCGACAUUAGCUCCGGUUCAACCCGGUUCACAGCCUGGUUCGGAUUCGGAACUAAGAAAGCCGCUCCUAAAAAGGCUAAGACGGUUAUCUCAGACCGGCCUUUAUGGUUCCCAGGCGCAAAAUCCCCAGAGUAUCUCGACGGUUCACUGGUCGGGGACUACGGGUUCGAUCCUUUUGGUUUAGGUAAACCGGCAGAGUAUCUCCAAUUCGAUUUGGACUCCUUGGACCAGAACCUCGCCAAGAACUUAGCCGGAGACGUGAUCGGGACCCGUACCGAGGCGGUGGAUCCCAAAUCGACGCCGUUUCAGCCAUACAGUGAAGUCUUCGGGCUACAGAGAUUCAGAGAAUGUGAGCUGAUUCACGGUCGGUGGGCAAUGCUCGCCACUCUCGGCGCUAUCACCGUAGAAUGGCUCACCGGUGUUACUUGGCAAGACGCCGGCAAGGUAGAGCUAGUGGAUGGAUCGUCUUACUUAGGACAGCCAUUGCCGUUCUCUAUCUCGACAUUGAUAUGGAUCGAAGUGUUAGUGGUCGGCUACAUUGAGUUCCAACGAAACGCUGAGCUGGACUCAGAGAAGCGUUUGUAUCCAGGAGGCAAGUUCUUUGACCCGUUAGGACUAGCAUCUGACCCGGAGAAGAAGGCUCAGCUUCAGCUAGCUGAGAUCAAACAUGCUCGUUUAGCCAUGGUUGGAUUCUUGGGUUUUGCUGUUCAGGCGGCUGCAACCGGUAAAGGACCCCUCAACAACUGGGCGACUCACCUUAGUGACCCACUUCACACCACCAUUAUCGAUACCUUCUCUUCCUCUUGAUGUGGUUGCUUUAACUUCUAUUGGUGUAAUGAUGUAAUGUCGCUAUUUUAAAGAAAAUUUGGCACCUUAUGUAUAAACAGAAUUCUGAUAUCUCGCAGUUAGUGUUUGAGCA